GUUCUUAAUUUCUCCCAUUCCUGCUCAUCAUUAUUAUGAUCCAAAGAGCUUUUUUGCUUCUGUUAGCAAAACCAGAAUCCCCCAUGCCUCAGUUUUAGCAGCUAAUGUCCACAAUAGGGGCAACUGAUCCAGCACAGGAGUUAAAUAUAACUGUGUCUAGUGUAAGGAGAAGAUUUAAUGGGAAAUGGUUGGCAUUCUUUCUUCCUAAAGGCAUGGAGAGGGAGGGGGAAGAGAGAGAGAGAGAGAGAGAGAGAGAGAGAGAGAGAGACGUACACAGACAGACACACACGCAUCCCAUAGUGAGGGCAGAGGCAGAGAGCAGGCAAGGCAGAGAGGGAGAGGGGAGAGAGAGAGCCCCAAAGCAGCCUUGUGCCUCUGAGCUGGGGUCUGCCAGGGCAGAGCCAGCAUGUUGGUCCUCAGCCCGCUUGUCCGGGGAUCUUACCUGCUGCCUUUCUUCUGCUUUGCUUUGUCUCAGACUGCGUACGCUGACAAUGUCUUCUCACUUUCAGCAGAUCUGCCUUGCUUGGAACAGAAGAAGCAGCACUGCAGAGCGUGCUGCCUCCUUGGCCCUCCUCCACCGCCCCUGUUCCCACCACCGUACUUCAGGCACAGCUGGAGCACUAAGCUGGAUAUGGAGGAGUUGUGUCAUGAGCUCCAGAUAAUACAGGCUUCCUCUCUGCCUGAAUUGCACUGCUCUGCAGGGCCUCCUGGCCCCCAGGGUCCACAAGGAAUUCCUGGUAUAAUAGGACCAAAAGGGGAGAAAGGGGAGAUUGGCAGGCCUGGAAGAAAGGGCAGACCAGGUCCCCCCGGUGUCCCUGGGAUGCCAGGACCCAUAGGAUGGCCUGGACCUGUGGGACCGAAGGGUGAAAAGGGAGAGUUGGGUGUGAUGGGAUUGCCAGGUACAAGAGGACCAAUGGGCUCCAAGGGUUUUCCUGGAACUAGAGGAGAAAAGGGAUCCAGAGGUGACAGAGGUGACAAAGGAGUCAAAGGAGACCCGGGAGAAAUAGGCUUCCCUGGAAUGCUGGGACAAAAAGGAGAGAUGGGCCCCAAGGGACAGUCUGGAGUACCAGGACACAGAGGACCUAUAGGAAGACCUGGAAAACGAGGCAAACAAGGGCUCAAGGGAGACAUUGGACCGGCGGGUGUCAUGGGCCCACCUGGUCGGCCUGGCCCUGUUGGCCAGCCGGGCCCCCCUGGACCGUCAGGACUGGGGCAAUUUGCAAUAGGACCAAAGGGAGAGAGAGGACUUCCAGGGCCUCCAGGGAGAUGUCUCUGCAGAACCCCACAGCAGAUGAGUAACCCAUCAUAUGAGCAAUCUGUGUUUGGACACAGCUACCCAAAAGUUCCUGCGAUUUUUGUGGUGAAUAAUCAAGAAGAAUUGGACCGGUUAAACACCGAAAACGCAUUAGCGUUUAGAAGAGAUCAGAGAUCUUUGUAUUUUAAGGAUACCUUUGGAUGGCUCCCAGUCCAGCUCACCCCUUUGUACCCUGUGGAUUAUCGCUUCGAGGAGGGGGGUACCUGUGGAGAUGGCAUCGUGCAGGACGGGGAGGAGUGCGACGACGGCAAUGCGGUUGUGACUGAUGACUGCAUAAGGUGCCGCCGUGCUUACUGCGGAGAUGGCUACAAGCAUGAGGGGGUUGAAGACUGUGAUGGGAUGGAUUUUGGAUACUUGACAUGUAGAACAUACCUUCCUGGGUCUUACGGGAAAUUGCGCUGCACUUCUUACUGCUACAUUGACUCCACACAGUGUCGAUACUUCACAUGAGGGGAGCAGAGGUGGGGAGCAUCCCACGCCUAGGGGGUGCUAGGUGCUACACUAUCACCUAUCCAAGAAGGACUGGGACAAAAAAAAAAUAACCCAGCCCACCUCUGGGAAAACAAACAAAGACACAUCAUGCUGCUGAUGGCCAUUCUGAGAUUUUUUUUUAAUAUAUAUAAAUUUGUCAGAUAGGGGAAAAUAGGACCACUGCAUCCUGUCUUAAUAGAGAAAUAAAUGUCAAGCUGUGUAUACCAGUGAGACUUCCAUGCGGCUGCGGAUGGCAACUCGCUCUCCAUCGCAAAAGCAACAUUAAACUACUGGAAGCUGAGUUUCAUUAACCAGGAAUGUUAUGUAACAGUUACCUCGACUUAGCACUGUUAAACCCAAAUGUAAUCUCUUCAGGGAGAGAUUUACCCUGAAGAUUUACCCUUUAACCCUUCUCUGCAUAAACACAAAGCAUAUCUUGGAUGCGGUGUUUAGAGGGACUUUCUCUUUUGUUACAAUGUGAACUUAGCAAGUGUUGUAUCCACUAGAGAUGACUCCAGCAACUCUAAGGUUACCGAUGCUCCUUCAUUGGUCAAAGGAGUUCAAAGUUCUUUCAGAAUCAGCGAAUCAGUCAAAUAAGCUGGUUAACAUCACCUUCAGGCGAAGGCGUUGUCUGUGUGUGUCUGUGCACUACAAGCAGUGACUACAAGCAGGAGGCCAGCAAAACACACCACAAAAGGAAAAACUGGACAAAUAAACUGUGAAAUAGCCAAGAAGUUCUCUCCCAGGAGAAAAUCAGACAAGGAGGAAAGAUAAAGAAGGAACAUAUUUCUGUAUUUUUCUCCUCUGUGCUGAGCUGGCUGGGCUCUGCCUGACCCCAGGGGCUGGGACAGCAUCAGUUCCCUGCCCGAAACCACGGCCAUGUACACAUUGUCUUCUCUCUGGUGUCCACACUGGAAGGUCUUUGCAUUUGCAACCCCUUGUCCACUCAACCAUCAUCAUUUAAUUCCCAGUUAUCCCCUGUGCUCCCUCCCCCUCUGCCCCUGGCUGUUUCUGCCACCGUGUGCCCCAGUGUGUGUGCUCAAUUUGUAUCACCGUAAAUCAGGCUGCGGAGUAGCGCGUUCAUGGAUGCUCGGUCAUGCUGUGCAAUGUACAUGUGGGAUUUUGUUUUUUGGUAAGGUCUCUCAACUAUAUCAGCUCUGGUUGGAGUCAGGGUAAUUAUAUACUUAUUUAUUAGCAAGUAGUAAAGAGCAAAUUUCACAUGGAAAACAUAUGAAAUGUUACAUGAAAAAGAGUCUACGACAGAAAAAGAAACCAAGAAUGUGCAGAAUUCAGGACUAAAAGCCUUAAAACUAGGCAUUAUUUUCAUACAAGCCACUCUUUCCUGCUUUGUGGUAAAUGUUGUACAGGGCUGUGUGAAAUGUGUGAGUUAUCUGUGCCAGCGACAGCACUGCAACAGCUGCACUGAGACUGGCACUUCUGUAGAGGUUAAAUAAAGGUGGAUGUUGUGUUACAAUGAUAAUGCAUUAAAGCAAUCAAGAAACACAUGCAACUUUUACCGCCUGCCUAGAAGACUUUAACUAUGCAUGUAUAAAGUGAUGUUGGAAAUCACCAAUUAGCAACAUAAAAAGAAAGAAAAUUUGUGUACUCUUCAUGAUUAUCACUUACCUGGGCUAUUUAUGUUGCUAUGAAGCCAAGUCACCAGCAUUUGUAGCCCAGUUCAAUGGUUCAAUUUUUUUUUUUUUUCUUUCUUAACUGAGGUCUUAAUAAAAGGUCCAGGAAGUACUGGGACAAGAAAAUUGCCACAAUCUCUGGAAAUCUGGGCACUAGUACAGCUGCCUUUCAAGUUUCCUAUGCUAGUGCAAGCAGCGAGUUCCAGCAGCAUCACACCAUGAGGAGCAGGUUCUGGUUGUUGGGAGGCUCUCAAGGACAAACACACUGCCAGCAGCAUUUCCUGCUGGCCAUCCCUCUGGGUGAACCUCUGGCAGAAUCUGCUGGUGUUACCAUCCUGGGGUGGAGACACUCCAUCUGAACUACUCACCUUCUCCAAGGAGUUCAUCUCAACCCCUCAAAAGACUGGAGUCUCUGACAAGUUGGUAAUUCCAGUGGCCUUUCACCUUCAGUUUUUAGUUUGGAUCAUUUUUCAUUAAAAGCUCCUACCUCCAAAGGACAUUGAAAUAACAAAGCUACGUGCAUGGGUCAUAGAAAACGUAAAGAGGAGAUGUGGUCACCCAGGUAAAACUACUGUGCUGCUCAUGUUCAGAAAGGGGCCUAUCAGCCUGGUCAGUCUGGGAACACUUGCUCAGCAUGGAUUUUAAAUGGACAAAGCAAUGUAAAAUAUAAGAAAACAACAAAGAAGUUUCAUACUACCAUUACUGUCUAGUUCUCCUCAGAAGAUAAAGCAUGAGGAAGACACCUGGGGAGGUGUAAAGUAUACAUGACUUAAAAUGCUGCAAAAGAAAUCCUUUGCUCUCAUUACUGACCCACCUGAUUUAUCAUCAAUUGGGUAUUCUUCAGCUGAGCGAUGCCUGGUCUGCUGCAAAUUGUCUUCCCUCCUUCUCAGAGUUUGGGAACUUAAAACAUUGUGCCAAGACUGGUUCAAAUGUUAAUUGGAAUAUUUGAGUUCAUUGGACUUUUGUGGCAGCAUACACUCAUGGGAGAGUUUUACUAAUGAUUAGUAUGCAACUCUAGGCAAGUACAAAGCGUUAUGCCAUGCACUGUAUUAAUGUAUACAAAAAAAAUCUGGCUUGCACUUAAUAUAUGGUUAAAUAUAUGUAAUUGCCUACUGCAUAUAUUAGCAGCUCAUGCCAAUAAACCAUGCUACCUUAG